ACACACACACAGGCGCUCGAUGACAGACGGGGAGGGGGAAGCGGAGAGAAGUGUAAGCCCCGGAUCCAUCGUCAAGAGAGAAAAUAGGAAAGAGAGACCGCGUCCCACGUUUAUUUCGUUUUUAGCGGCAUCUUUCCGACUCACAGGCGUUAGGGAGCCCGAGGAGGGGGCUGUGUCAUUGUCUGUAGGAUGUCCCGACAUGAAGGUGUGAGCUGUGAUGCGUGUUUAAAAGGGAACUUCAGAGGGCGCCGAUACAAGUGUUUAAUUUGCUACGACUACGACCUUUGCGCGUCUUGCUACGAAAGUGGAGCCACAACAACUAGACACACCACGGAGCACCCGAUGCAGUGCAUACUAACCAGGGUAGACUUUGAUUUGUAUUAUGGGGGAGAGGCGUUCUCAGUAGAGCAGCCUCAGUCGUUUACUUGUCCUUACUGUGGUAAAAUGGGCUACACGGAAACAUCUCUACAGGAGCACGUCACCUCAGAGCACGCAGAGACCUCUACAGAGGUGAUUUGCCCGAUCUGUGCAGCUUUGCCCGGUGGCGACCCCAAUCAUGUGACAGAUGACUUUGCGGCUCAUCUCACACUUGAACACAGAGCACCUAGAGAUUUAGAUGAGAGCAGCGGCGUGCGGCAUGUGCGUCGGAUGUUCCACCCCGGGCGGGGACUGGGUGGUCCGCGGGCACGCAGGACUAACAUGCACUUUACCAGCAGCUCUACCGGUGGGCUCUCCUCUUCACAAAGCUCCUCCUACUCUCCAAGCAAUAGGGAAGCCAUGGACCCCAUAGCAGAGCUGCUGUCUCAGCUGUCAGGUGUGCGGCGCUCCGCAGGGGGGCAGCUGAACUCCUCUGGCCCCUCGACCUCACAGCUGCAGCAGCUGCAAAUGCAGCUCCAGCUGGAGCGUCAGCAGGCACAGGCGGCGCGUCAGCAGCUGGAGACGGCUCGCAACGCCACGCGUCAGCGCAGCAACCCCAGCAACAUCAGCGCCAGCAUCCCACCGCCCAGCACCGCCACAAACACAGCCAUGACUGAAAACAACCCGCUGGCCUCCCACAGCUCCCAGUUUCUUCUCACACGGUUGAACGAGCCAAAAAUGUCAGAGGCAGAACGGCAGGCGCUGGAGAGCGAGCGCGCAGACCACAACCUGUUCGUGCAGGAGCUUCUGCUGUCCACGCUAAUGCGAGAGGAGAGCUCCUCAUCCGACGAGGACGAAAGGCGAGACUUUGCUGACUUCGGCGCCAUGGGCUGCGUGGACAUCAUGCCUUUAGACGUGGCUCUGGAGAGCCUCAACUUGAAGGAGAGCUCCACAGGCAAGGAGCCUCCCCCACCUCCUCUUUGAUGAUAUCCCACCACCAUCACGCAGACAUUGUCCUCUGUGCUGUAACUGCCAAUGACGGUGGGCAAAAAAACAACACAGCUCUCUCUCGUUUUUUUCCUUUUUUUUUUUUCUUUUUUUUUUGGUGAUUGUAAUUUCAGGUCUGUCACCUUUGUUACAUUGUAUAAAUCCAUGAAAGAAGAGCGAGUGGGGAAAGAAGAGCGAGUGGGGAAAAAAUCUAAACACAUCAGAACAGGCGUGUGAGAGAGUGCGCGAAAACAAGAGAGAUAAACAGAACGAGAGACAAAACAAGAAAUAUAAAUAUAUAAAUAAAUAUAUAUAAGUUGAUAAUCAAUUCCACAUAACUAAUUUUUUUCCUUUAGCAGGUGAGCGUAGGUAUCUGUGGCAGACCUCAGCUUCCUGUCUUGCAAAAGGCUCUCCUUAUAAAUACUCCACAUUCAAAAACUGAAGAGGAAACAAGAGACCUUCUCUAAUGAAGCUGCUGUGUGUAUUUAUGAAUAUUAAUGAAUAAAAAGUGCUUGGAUGGUUUACCAUAA